GCAGAAGCUGCUGUGUGCCUCCAGGCAGAUACUACUUCCCUUUAUUGACUCAGAAAGCGGGGGGGAACAGUGCAAGGAACCUACCCUUCCAUCAAACUGGAAUGAAUCUGACUUGAGGAUUCCACCCAUUCUUUAAGCAGUAGCAUAACUUUAUUGAAAAAAAAGGAAAUAACUUCAGAUAUAUCCAUUAUGGGGACGGCCAAUGCAAUGAUUCCACUUACUUCAGAUAUAUCCAGCAAGAAGGAGACUGUGUGCAUUUUUGGAACAGGUGAUUUUGGAAGAUCCUUGGGCUAUAAGCUGAUGCAGUGUGGCUAUUCCAUUGUAUUUGGAAGCCGAAGCACUCAGAAUUCUGGAUUGAUUCCUCAGGGAGCCACAGUGCUAUCUCACACAGAAGCUGCUGAAACAUCUGACAUUAUCAUUAUAGCAAUCCAUAGAGUACAUUACAGCUUUCUUGAAAGCCUACGAGAAACCCUCAAUGGAAAAGUGCUGGUGGAUGUGAGCAACAACCUUAAAAUAAACCAGUAUGCAGAAUCAAAUGCUGAGUAUCUUGCCCAGCUGCUUCCAGGCAGUAAAGUGGUCAAAGCAUUUAACACAGUGUCAGCAUGGGCUCUGCAGUCAGGCGGCCUGGAUGCAAACAGACAGGUGUUCAUCUGUGGAGAUGAUAAAAAAGCAAAAGAAAAGGUGAUGGAGAUUGUUCGAAGUCUUGGUCUUACUCCUUUGGAUAACGGCUCUGUCUUAGCAGCAAAAGAAAUUGAGAAUUACCCUUUACAACUUUUCCCAAUGUGGAGAUAUCCCAUCUACCUUUCAUUUGCUCUCAGCGCAUUCAUCUUUUUAUACAGCGUGGUCCGUGAUAUCAUCUAUAAUUAUGUUGAGAACGGCAAAGAUAAUUCCUUUUUUAUUGUUGUUACAAUUGCAAACCGGGUCUGCCCUGUUGUGGCACUCAUCCUUCUUGCAUUGGUCUACUUACCCGGGAUCUUUGCAGCUAUUCUCCAGUUACACAGAGGUACCAAGUACAGUCGCUUUCCAGAUUGGCUGGAUAAAUGGAUGCUUUGCAGGAAACAACUAGGCUUGAUUGCCUUGGCUUAUGCUUUUCUGCAUGUUUUAUAUACACUGAUCAUCCCCAUUCGCUACUUUGUAAGAUGGAGGCUCAACUCUUUUGUCCUUCAACAGGCAUUAAACAACAGAACAGACCCAUUGUGGACUGGCACCGCCUGGCAUAGCGAUUGUUACCUUGCUUUUGGAAUCUUAGGGUUUUUCCUGUUUGUUCUCCUGGGAAUAACAUCCUUGCCUUCCGUCAGCAACAGUGUCAACUGGAGAGAGUUUCGCUUUGUGCAGUCUUAUCUGGGCUACCUUACACUGGUUUUGUGUACAGUCCAUACACUGGCAUAUGGUGGGAAGAGAUUCUUGUAUCGUGCUUCAUACCCAUGGUUCCUUCCUCCAGUUUAUAUGUUCUCUCUCAUUAUCCCUUGCAUUGUGUUGGUCAUGAAGUUUUUCCUAAUAUUCCCCUGUAUAGAUAGACCAUUAACUGAAAUUCGACAGGGCUGGGAGAGAAAACCCAAAUAUAUAAACCACUCAAACAGCAACCAGAGCACCAAAGAAAUGUCAUCUGUAUAAUCCCUUAAUCCCUGUUAAUCUGAAUAUUUUGGAAGGAGCUACACACAGCCAAAGCACUAAGCAAUGGAGAACCACUGAAAACUGAUUCUGAGUACGAGCUUUUGUUAGUGAUCAGGGAAGACUUUAUAAACCACAACAGUGACAUUUGGAAUGAGUUUCUGCACCUUUUCAGGAUUAUGCCAAACUAACAGUAAAAUGGUUAUAAGAUUGUCAAACUGGCAAUAGCUUUCCAGCCUAUGAGCACUGUAUAAAUACACUGUGAAAUACACAGCUACAAUGCUGAGUGUGUUACCUGCAUACCAACUGGAUGCUGUUUCUAUAAGAAACUGUCAAUCCAUGAAGACAUUUCUUUUAUCUAUAGGAAGCCAUGAUUUUAUUGUGAGUUUAACAGGAGGGUUACAUAACAGAACCCUAAUAUUGACAACCAGGAAUGUGAACAAGAAAUGCUAAAUCCAGUCUUACUAAAGUGGACCCAACAAAAGCAUGAACAAAGCAGUGCAAAAAAAAGUUGAAAUAUUCCAGUGAUUCUAAAACAAAUCUUGUCUGCUGCAGACCAGCAGGUAGAUACAGGAAAGAACAGCUUUCAAAUGGCUGCUUUAAGUUUUCUUCCAGAUCAAAGACACAUUGGAAGGCUGGGAAUGGAGAGUCCUUUGAAUCCCCCCUCUCCCCCACCAAUCCUUGAUACUUCCACUUUCUGUUGUCAAAAUGUCUUGAUUCAUAAAAUACCAACUAGAAAGGCUGGUACAGAGGCAAAUGGGAACAGAGAUCUGAUCUCAGAUGUCCCUUUCCAGAGUCCAAAGCCUGAGUAUUCCCUGUAUGUGUACUACAGGCAGGUGCCUAGUGAUGACAAAGAAUUUAUGCAUGAGGCUUUGAUUAAGUCAAACUCGUAAGUUAAAUCAAUAGCAAAGAAGCAAUUUAAUUCAAAUUUCUUGCUGUAUAUUAGCAAACUGCAUUUGUACUAUGUUCAAUAAAAUAUAUGUAUUCUGUUUUCCAA